AGUUAUGUGACGUCAUUGCGGCCAUUACUUCAAUGCAGAGAAGACAAGAAGGAACUGAAUAGCUGACGUCUUUAUAAAUUCCAUUUUUUGCAGUCUUCUCUGCUUGCUUAGUUUUUCAUUUUUAAUUUAAUCAAAAAUAGGUGGGUGGAAAGAAGAAUCGGAACAGUUCCUGCUUUUGUCCCAAUUAGUUGGAUUUGUUUGUAACAUAAUUGAACCUUCUCAGCAGUAUCUGCAAUGGAUGAAAAGGCGUUCACGAAAGAACUGGAUCAGUGGAUAGAACAGCUGAAUGAAUGCAAACAGUUAACUGAAGGCCAAGUCAAAACACUGUGCGAAAAGGCAAAAGAAAUAUUGACUAAAGAAUCUAAUGUUCAAGAUGUUAGAUGCCCUGUCACCGUUUGUGGAGAUGUUCAUGGGCAAUUUCAUGAUCUUAUGGAGCUAUUCAAAAUAGGAGGCAAAUCACCAGACACAAAUUAUUUAUUUAUGGGAGAUUAUGUAGAUAGAGGUUAUUAUUCUGUGGAAACAGUUUCUCUCCUUGUAGCGCUAAAGGUUCGUUAUCGUGAACGUAUUACAAUUCUUCGAGGAAACCAUGAGAGCAGACAGAUCACACAAGUGUAUGGCUUUUAUGAUGAGUGUCUAAGGAAAUAUGGCAAUGCAAAUGUUUGGAAAUAUUUUACGGACCUUUUUGAUUACCUUCCUCUUACUGCACUGGUGGAUGGUCAGAUUUUUUGCCUUCAUGGAGGGCUCUCACCAUCUAUAGAUACACUGGAUCAUAUUCGAGCACUUGACCGUCUACAGGAAGUUCCCCAUGAGGGUCCAAUGUGUGACCUGUUGUGGUCUGACCCAGAUGAUCGUGGUGGUUGGGGCAUUUCUCCUCGAGGUGCUGGCUACACAUUUGGACAGGAUAUAUCCGAAACUUUCAAUCAUGCUAAUGGCCUUACAUUGGUUUCAAGAGCUCACCAGCUUGUGAUGGAGGGGUAUAAUUGGUGCCACGAUCGGAAUGUAGUAACAAUCUUUAGUGCUCCAAACUAUUGCUAUCGUUGUGGGAACCAAGCAGCAAUUAUGGAACUAGAUGACACCCUUAAAUAUUCAUUUUUACAGUUUGAUCCAGCACCACGCAGAGGAGAACCACAUGUGACACGUCGCACCCCAGAUUAUUUCCUGUAAAGAUAACUUAAACUUGUACAGUAUUGCUGUGAUGAACCAUAUGGAUGAUUUAAAAGUGAAAAGAACCAUAUGGAUGAUUACAGGAAUUGAGAAGAGCAACAGUAACUCCAAAGUGUCAGAAAAAACGUGAAAUAUUUAGAAAUCCCUUCUCUACAUGGACCAAAGAUGUGCCAUAUUUGGAGAAAGUAAACCAAGCUUCAGUAUGCGGCGACCACAGCCAGUUUAGAACAUAGCAGUUCGCAGUUCCUGUUUGCAUGCUGAAGUGUGAAAAUCAAGUCAAGCACACACAUUCUGGCUUUUUGCUGUUUGCAGUUACUUUUGCAAUCUUCAAGACUGGAGAAAUUUAAAAUGUACACAGUGAAAAAGGAAACUUGCACCUCAAGAAUAACUUUCCAUUUAACUAUAAAUUUACUCAGCAUGACUGUAGGUAAGAAUUAGCAGCGAUCAUUGGAGCUUAAAGAACAUUUUUUAAAAGUAUCAAGGCCUCCUAUAUUUGUGCGAGUACUGAAAUUGUUUUUCAGGGACUACUGUUUAAUUUAAUCGUAUUGAUUUCUGUCUGCAUUCUCGCUGUUUUCCAUUGUCUUCAGUUUCCUGUACCAAACUAACUUCAGUAUUCUAACAGUGUUUUUCCAUCAUAAAAUUGUAACUACUUGUCAUUUUAAUUGCGAAUUUCAGCUUAAUACCAUUUAUUAAAUGGUAACACUAACACAUGUCUGAUUUAUAUGUAAUUGUUAUAAAAGCUCCGCAUUAUUGAUCAUAAAUGAAUAAAGACUUGUUUAGAUUAA